AUGCUUCAACAUUCCACGAGGGAUAUCGGAGACAAUACCAACGAAGGACAAAAUGUAUCGAGCUCGGAUGGAUUGAUUUUACAAAAACUUGCAUUGGCGUUUGCAUCUGUUAGUGUUGCUUCUUCAAUUCUAGCUUUUUAUUGGUUUAUGAGAAUGAGACGUUCAUUUAGACAUGACCUCAUUAUGAUAUUAAUUCAAAGUGACAUGUUUAAAGCUUUAUGGUUUAUGGUUUUUCCAAUCGUGGUCUUUUUACAUGGUCCUAUAGCAGAUGAUUCCAAAUUUUGUCAAAUUAGUGGAUUUUUUCUAUCUUUAGGAAUUGAAGCUUCAGAUAUUUCAGUUCUUAUGGUUGCUGUACACACUGCAUUAUAUAUUUUCAAACCUAAAUCCUCGGCUGGUGAAGGAGGUCUUUAUCCAUAUCGAAGGAUCGCCUACGCCAUUUGGAUAAUAUUUCCAAUAUUAGCGGCGUCUUUGGCUUUUGUUAGUAAUGACGAAGCCUAUGUUGCUCAAGGAACAUACUGCUAUUUACCAGUACGACCAUUUUGGUAUCGAUUGGCUUUAAGUUGGAUUCCUCGAUAUAUCAUUUUCAUUACGAUUCUCACAGUUUAUGCUUCGAUAUAUUUCUAUGUUCGAUAUAAGUUCCGUGGAUUUGAGAAUAGUCAUUCUCAAGAUAGUUUUGAUUCAACCGAAAGGACUCGACAAAGCCAUAUACGAAGAAGCGUACCCCCUCCUCCAGCUCUUGCGAUUAAUGGGCUGGUGACUGAACCAAGACAUCCACUAGCUGUUUAUGUUGGUCAAAGAAGGAAAGCAUCGGCUUCGACUCUAAAUUCCUUCGUAAAUAUGAGGAACCACGCUCAUCAAUUCAUGUGGGCUUCAGUAUUCCACUCACGCAAUCGAGCUCAUACUGCUGUAUCUCCUCCCUCGGAAAUUUCUACGGACUCAUAUGCUGGAGCCUCAACACCACAACCUGUAUCAGAGAUGACAUCUCCAGCUCUCUUGAUACCUCAACAAGCUUUCAAUCCAAUGUCUCCACCUCAAUUUCGGAAUACUUCUUGGCGGGAAAGUUUCGCUCGACGCUUAUCUCUUGAUUCGAAUGCUUCCGUUUAUACACCACCAACAUUUACCAAUAUGACCUCUGUUCAACAACAGAAUGGACCGGAGGAACCAGAAAUCGGCCUUUACGAUUUGCAUCUAAUUAAUUCCAGUGGGCAAGAUCCAGCCGUAUCAGAGAUGAUACGCACCCGAGAGAAAAUCCGUCGCCAACUCCGUUUUCUCUUCAUCUACCCAUUAGUCUAUCUAGGAAUGUGGAUGAUACCAUUCAUAUCCCACAUCCUCCAAUUCAACGACAAGUUGGCAGUAGACCCACCAUUUGCAAUUAAUGCCCUGACUACCAUUUUUGUAUGUGUACAGGGAGCCGUGGAUUGCUGGUUAUUUUCCACGCGUGAAAAACCUUGGAGACAUAUACCAGGAACGGAUGGGAGUUUUUUCGGAAGUCUAAAGUUCUGGGGUGUCUUUUGGGGAAAGGGGAAGGAGAGACAGGGGUACGGUCCCGGGAAGACGAGGAAUGAAAUGGCGAGGGAGGCCAGACAGGCGUAUAAGAGGAGGGAUGAGGAGUUGGCGCAGAGGAGAUUCGAGGCGCAUGCAUGUACAGGGUUGGUGGGAGAAAGAGGGAGAAGUGAUCGGAGUUGGUGGGAUGUGGCGGGCAUAGAUGAUUUAGGGACAAUUGGGUUUGGGGCCGGAGUGGCGGCCAUGACACCGGUGCAGGAGGAAUUUUCUCAUUCGACGGAUGAGGAAUCUGAGGAAUCUGGGGAUGUGACAGUGGUUCCGGAAGAGAACCAUGAGAAUAGUAUGGCCGACACGAGUGCUGGGCACUCCGAAAUUAAUGAGAAAGGGGGAAGCAGUGAUGUGUAA